GGCGGCCCUGGAUAAUCCGUGGGGAGGGGGCCAACGCUGAAGGCUGAAAGAAGGGACAGAAUAAUAGAGGUCAUCUCUCCCAACCCUCCCCACAACACAGGGCUAAGAGGCUCUAGGAGAGGGUACAGUAAGGGAGAGAGUCCUCCAGCAGUCGGGUGGAGAGACACAGAAUGCUUCUCUGUUCUAGCAGGCACUCAGUUCCAGUAUCUCGUGGUGGAGAAGAAAGGGGCGAAGCAGAAUGUAGGAGUGAUCCAGCUGAACCGCCCCAAGGCCUUGAAUGCCCUCUGCGAUGGCCUGAUGAAUGAGAUGAACCAGGCCCUGGACUUCUUCGAGAAGGACCCAGACGUGGGAGCCAUCGUCAUCACCGGCAGCGAGAAAGCCUUCGCAGCUGGAGCAGAUAUAAAGGAGAUGCAGAACAGAACCUUCCAGGAAUGUUACGGGGGCAAUUUCCUUGCACAUUGGAACAGAGUCUCUCUGGUCCGGAAGCCGGUCAUAGCAGCUGUGAAUGGAUAUGCUCUGGGCGGUGGCUGUGAGCUGGCCAUGAUGUGUGAUAUCAUCUAUGCUGGCGAGAAGGCGCAGUUUGGGCAACCCGAAAUCUUGCUGGGAACCAUUCCAGGAGCUGGUGGGACUCAGAGACUCACGAGAGCAGUGGGCAAGUCCCUGGCAAUGGAAAUGGUCCUAACCGGAGACAGGAUCUCUGCUCAGGAAGCCAAAGAAGCAGGCCUGGUCAGCAAAAUCUACCCCGUGGAGAAGCUGCUGGAAGAAGCCAUCAGCUGUGGGGAGAAGAUUGCAGGGAAUUCUAAACUCGUAACAGCAAUGGCCAAGGAAGCUGUCAGUGCAGCCUUCGAGAUGACGCUGACUGAGGGAAAUAAAAUGGAGAAGAGGCUCUUCCAUGCCACCUUUGCUACGGAUGACCGGAAGGAGGGGAUGGCAGCCUUUGUGGAGAAGAGAAAGGCAAACUUCACAGACCACUGAAGCCAGCGUGCCUUGUCCUCUCGGAGCUGCUGAGACGGAGCCUCUGCCUUGAUGGGACUGACAAAUAACCAUCGCAGCAGGUUGCGCCCGGCAGUAACCAGUACGGGUGCCGAAUCCUGUGCCACUGCCCUGGGAGGAAAGGCCCUUUGAUUCACAAACGCUACAUUACACGGGGUGUUGGGGAAGGACCUGCCGUAGGCUAGCCUAACGGUUUGGGCCCUUCCACGUAAUCAGGUGAUGGGGGUGUAGGGAACACGUCUGAUCUGAAUCUCAGAUGACCUGACACUUUUGUUCACGAUAAGAAAAUCGGAAAUGGAGAUUGUCGUGUGAUCUUUAUUAAAGGGCUCCCCUUGCUGUGUUGGUGGCACUGCCCUCGCCACGGGAGGGCUGGUUCGGACUGCAUGUGUCAAAUGCUUUGGUGCGCUGGCUCCGAGAGCUGGAGACAAAGGAGGGCUCUGGGGUUUGGGUUGGUCACUAAGCAAAACCCCACUGCCCUGGCUAUGCUGCUGUCCUCUCCCCAGGGCGGGGACUCGGGGCUCCAGCCUCGGAAGUGCCCUUGGUAAAAUGAGUGUCACAGACAAUAGGAAACCUCCAACUCAAGAGACAUUCUCCAUCCUCAGACUCCUUCCUGUUCUGACUUGGCCCAGCUGAGCAGGAAACUGGCUCCCUCCUCUCCCCUGGCUGGGCUGCGGGUCUCUGACAAGGGGCUCCGGAGCCAGAUCAGCCCCUCUACCUGUGAGCUUCUUGUUGCAGUGCUCUCCUUGCAGUGCUCUCCUACGGGCUAGGGGGCAGUGGCCCCUGUGCUGAAGUGGGUCUGAUUCCUAGUGCUGAGUGACCACGAGCUGGUGCCUGGCUUCCAGCUGCUGGCCCCUGGCUCCCAGAUGGGAUGGAAGAGCCGGUGGCCUGGCUCACAGACACACGCUGAGGCAUUACCCACUGCCUGUGCUGCCAUGGCCACACUGCUGUUUGUAGUGCACAGGACGUAGGAGUGGGCAGGUUGGAUCAGAGCAGGGGACCGUCUCAUCCCAGGGACUGUCACCAACAGGAGGAGGUGUCAAGCAAAGAGACCUGCUAGUGGGAAUAACCCUAAGGGUGUGGCUUCCUGACCCAUCUGUUACUGGUUGGCUCGUGUCCUGGAGCACAGGCCUAAUCACCAGGAUGGCUGCACCGAACGUGCUAACGAUAUGUCUACGCAGCAGCUGGGGUGUGUGAGCCGCUCACCCCACCCACUGCCUGUGCCGCCACGGCCACACUGCUGUUUGUAGUGCGCUAGCUGGAGGAGAGCUAGCACGUCUGCCUGCCUGUGCUGGCAUCGAUGCCUCCCCUCUGCUGUGCAGGCAUACCCUUAGUGCCAGUGAGGGAGGCUCCACCCCUGCUCAGAUCAUGAGUUCAGCCAAUGGAGGGUAAAUGGAGAGGGGAAACCACCUGUCCAUUGAGUAUCUCCAUUUAUCCGCCAGUGACUAAACUCAUUACUGGGGGAUGAUUGAGCUAGUUGUGAGCUAAGGGGUGACGAGGAGGGGCAGAGUUAAGGAUAUUUGAGUGAGCUUAAUGUAGAAUUCCUUGGCUCUUUGGGUUUCUAAAACUCCAGUG